CCCCUCCCCCCUCCCGCCUCCUUGCCCGUCGCCUCUCUGCCUCCCCCUCCCUCCCUUUCCUCUUUCGCCCUCUGCACCUGCACCCUUACCCUCCCGGUCUCGAGCCCCUCCGCCGCCGCGACCGCCUCCCUUCCGUUUCGGGAAAGAAAAAAAAAGACACAACACCAGCAACAAAAGGCAGGAGCACCGACAACGCCGCAGCCAUGCUCAGCCGUGCCCUCCUUGCUUCGCGCCACCAGUCCCGGCCCGGCCAGACGGCCGCCAUUCCGGCGGCCCUCGUCGCCCGGUCGUUGCGCCUCGGCGCCAAUGCCGACGCCGAUGCCCCAGCGCGGUCCUUCAGCACCAAGCUGCCCGACUUCCUGGCCGAGUCGCACAAUGUCCUGGCCCAGUAUGACACCUCCGGUCGGCCGAUCUCCACCGAGGAGGCCCUCGCCGCGGUGAAUGCCGCCGCGGCGGCCAACUCGUCCUCGGUCGAUGCCAUGCAGGCCUUCCUGCAGGAGGCCAGCGCCCAGCGGGCGGCCACCCCGGUGCCGGGCUUUGUCAAGGACGCCGGCCCGGUUGGGCCCACCUGGCAGCACUGGACCGGCAAGGAGGUGUCGGCCUACUCCUUCCAGGAGGCCGCGCUGAGUGUCCCGCUGGAGGGCAUGUCCCCGCAGACGACCCUCAACUACAAGGCCAACCCCGGGCCGCUGGCCGGCUCGUCGGUUGGCUACGGCGGCCGGAAACUCGUGCAUGAUGGCAACUUCCGCGUGGUGUCCUACCUGGAGUCCUACCGUGGCAAGCUGUCCACCAACCUGCCGAAGGACGAGGUCGUCGGCGCCGAGGAUGGCCGGACCCGCCACCUUCUCCUGAACCGCCCGCGCGCCCUCAACGCCCUGAACUCCGGCAUGGUGGACACCAUCAACGAUCUGCUCCUGACCUGGAAGAGCGAGCCCUUCCCCCCCUCGUCGGUGAUCAUCCGGUCCACCUCGCCGCGCGCCUUCUGCGCCGGUGGUGACGUGCGCGCCGUGGUCAAGUCCAUCAAGGAGAACACCCCGAUGUUCCGCGAGUUCUUCAAGAACGAGUACCACGCCAACCUCCUGCUGGCCACCUACCCCGUGCCGGUCGUGUCCUUCCUCAGGGGCAUCGUCAUGGGUGGCGGUGCCGGUAUUUCCGUUCAUGGCCACUUCCGGAUUGCCUCGGAGUCGACCCUUUUCUCCAUGCCCGAGUGUGCCAUCGGCCUGUUCCCCGACGUCGGCAUGUCCUAUAAUCUGGCCCGCCUGGAUGGCGAGCUCGGCAUGUUCCUUGCCCUGACCGGUUACCAGCUCAAGGGUGCCGAUGUGUUCUGGUCGCGCAUUGCCACCCACUAUAUCGAGGAGGACAUGCACCCGAUGGUCCAUGAGUUCCUCAGCAGCACCCCGCGCCUGAACGCCGAUCGCAUCAACUACCAGCUCAAUGAGCAUGCCACCGUGGAUAUCCCCCCCUUCUCCCUGGCCGAGCACAUGGGCUUCAUCAACACCGUCUUCUCUCUGGAGACCCUGCCCGAGAUCAUGGGCGCUCUCCGGGUUACCGACACCCCCUUCGCCAAGAAGAUUCUCGCCAUGAUGGAGAAGAACUCCCCCCUGAGCAUGGCCAUCACCCACCGUCUGAUCCGCAUGGCGCGCGAUCUGUCCAUCCGUAAGUGCCUGCGCCUGGAGUACCGUCUGAGCCAGCGCAUUGCCCUGCACCCCAAGGGCGACUUCGUCGAGGGUGUCCGCGCGGCUCUCAUCGACAAGGACCAGUCUCCCAAGUGGAACUUCGCCACUGUCGAGGAGGUCACUGACAGCAUCGUUGAUGGGUUCUUUGUCCCGCUCGACAUGAAUGUCGACCACUCUUCCGAGCUGGACCUCCCCCAUGUGGAGGGGCAGAUGCGGCCGAACUUCGAGCGCUUCGCCCUGCCGCCGGCGUCUAAGUUCUCCCGGAGUGUCAUGCGCUCGCCCUUCACCUUCCCCGCGUACAACACCUAUGUGUCGGCCAUGUACAAGCCCAAGCCGGGUCUGCACACGCAUGUGGGCAAUGCCCUGGCCACCAACUUCGAGACCGAUCUCUUUGGGAUCCUGUGGCCGAAGAACACCGCCGCGCGGGAGCUGCUCUAUGACAACCGCCGGGACUUCUACCAGUCGGUGCCGGACGGCCUGGGGAAUACCCACGCCUUUGGCAACCUGCAGGCGUACACCCGGCCGGUGGUCCUGCCGGAGUCGGAUCGGCUGGCCGCCUCGGCCCAUCAUCGUGCCAUUUCGCAGACCCUGCUGGACGCCCUGUACCCGGUGGCGCAGAAGCUGGUCCAGCGCCUGGACAUGGAGAUGCCGGAGCCGGUGUCCUCCUCCGGGGCCGGCAUCGCGGUGCAGAUGUAUGAGCGCGCGCUGGAGCGCUUCACCCGUGGCCUGGCCACCAUCGCCCCGCCGCUGUCGAAGUCCGACAUGCAGACGGCCAUCGAGCGCUUUGAGUUCCUCCACCGGCCGGAGGAUGCGUCCUCCUCGACCAUUGGCCUGGGGGGUGCGCCGCCGGCGCCGCUGCGCACCACCGUCGACCUGGACCCCAAGUCGCCGGGCAUGGAGCGGAACAUGCACGCGGCCGACCUGCUGCUGAGCCUUUACCAGGUUCGCGGUCUGAUGCCGCGGCCGAUGGCCAACUUCCUGGUUCGGGAGAUGAACCGCCUGACCAACUCCAGCGACACCUGGGCCCAGUAUGUGGCCGAGCUGGCUAACCCUCCGGCCCAGGCCGAGGCCAUUCGCGCGGCCCUGACCGAGGCCAUGGCCAACGGCACGACCGGCCUGCUGGAUUCCUUCCCGGCCGAGGACCUGCUCCAUGUGCUGGCGAACAUGUCGCUGGAGCGCGUCAAGGCCGACCUGGCCACCAUGGCCUCCCCGAAGAAGGGCAAGGCGGCGGUGGCCACCUCGCCGGCGGUGGCCGCCUCGCAGGCCUACCUGAACACCCUGGACCGGGUGUUCGACAGCAUGCCGGAGGCCAAGCAGCGCGAGCUGGCCAUGCGAGUUCUGCGCCUGGUGCGCGCGGUGACCGACAGCCCGCCUGGCCACCAGGCCCUGGAGCCGCUGCUGUGCGUUUUCCGGUCGCUGCCCAACACCGGGGCCGCCCUGUCGGAUGAGGAUGUGGCGGCCUUCCUGCGCGGCCUGUAUGACGCGUCGCCGCUCGUGGUGCAGAUCAUCCGCCCGCCGACCGACCUGCUGCGUGUCAUCGACGAGUUCUCGGGCGGCAACAUCUGGCGCUCGUGAGCGAGAGACACAGGUGUAGGCCAAGUGUGAGCAUGCAGGCCGGGGAGGGGGAGGGGG